AUGUCUCCUGCUUUUGUCUUGGAAUUCACCUCUGUGGCUUGGAUUUAUCUCAGGAACAUUUGUCUCCAGUCUCUGUGUUAAUUAGAAAUCAAGCAUGAGGAGAUUUGUCUACUGCAAGGUGGUUCUCGCCACUUCGCUGAUGUGGGUCCUGGUUGAUGUCUUCUUACUCCUGUACUUCAGCGAGUGUAACAAAUGUGAUGACAAGAAGGAGCGGUCCCUGCUGCCUGCACUGAGGGCUGUUAUUUCAAGAAAUCAAGAAGGUCCUGGAGAAAUGGGGAAGGCUGUGCUGAUUCCAAAAGAUGACCAAGAGAAGAUGAAGGAGUUGUUUAAAAUCAAUCAGUUUAACCUCAUGGCCAGUGACUUGAUUGCCCUUAACCGAAGUCUGCCAGAUGUGAGACUAGAAGGAUGCAAGACGAAGGUCUACCCUGAUGAACUCCCAAACACAAGUGUAGUCAUAGUGUUCCACAAUGAAGCUUGGAGCACACUACUUAGGACUGUCUAUAGCGUCAUAAAUCGCUCUCCACACUACCUGCUCUCUGAGGUCAUCUUGGUCGACGAUGCCAGUGAACGAGAUUUUCUGAAGUUGACACUAGAGAACUACGUGAAAACUUUAGAAGUGCCAGUAAAAAUUAUCAGAAUGGAAGAGCGCUCUGGGUUGAUACGUGCCCGUCUCCGAGGAGCGGCUGCUUCAAAAGGACAGGUCAUAACUUUUCUGGAUGCACACUGUGAGUGCACCUUAGGAUGGCUGGAGCCCUUGCUGGCAAGAAUAAAGGAAGACAGGAAAACAGUUGUGUGCCCUAUCAUUGAUGUUAUUAGUGAUGAUACCUUUGAAUACAUGGCUGGCUCAGACAUGACAUAUGGUGGUUUUAACUGGAAACUAAAUUUCCGAUGGUAUCCUGUUCCUCAAAGAGAAAUGGAUAGGAGAAAAGGAGACAGGACUUUGCCUGUCAGGACCCCUACUAUGGCUGGUGGCCUAUUUUCUAUUGACAGAAACUACUUUGAAGAGAUAGGAACUUACGAUGCAGGAAUGGAUAUCUGGGGUGGAGAGAAUCUUGAGAUGUCUUUUAGGAUUUGGCAAUGUGGAGGAUCUUUGGAAAUUGUGACUUGUUCUCAUGUCGGCCAUGUUUUUCGAAAGGCAACUCCAUAUACAUUCCCUGGUGGCACUGGCCACGUCAUUAACAAGAACAACAGAAGACUGGCAGAAGUUUGGAUGGAUGAAUUUAAAGAUUUCUUCUAUAUCAUAUCUCCAGGUGUUGUCAAAGUGGAUUAUGGAGAUGUGUCAGUCAGAAAAACACUAAGAGAACAUCUGAAGUGUAAGCCUUUUUCUUGGUACCUAGAAAACAUCUAUCCGGACUCUCAAAUCCCAAGACGUUAUUACUCACUUGGUGAGAUAAGAAAUGUUGAAACGAAUCAGUGCUUAGACAACAUGGGCCGCAAAGAAAAUGAAAAAGUGGGUAUUUUCAACUGCCACGGCAUGGGAGGUAACCAGGUGUUUUCUUAUACUGCUGACAAAGAAAUCCGAACUGAUGAUUUGUGCCUGGAUGUAUCCAGACUCAAUGGGCCUGUAAUCAUGUUAAAAUGCCACCAUAUGAGGGGAAAUCAGCUAUGGGAAUAUGAUGCUGAGAGACUCACUUUGCGACAUGCUAACAGUAACCAGUGUCUUGACGAACCGUCUGAAGAAGACAAAAUGGUUCCUACCAUGCAGGACUGCAGCGGCAGCAGAUCCCAACAAUGGCUGCUGAGGAAUAUGACCUUAGGGGCAUGAAGACCACUUCUCCCAGGAAAUGAAAGGCUCUACGCUUUUGUUUAUCCCUUAAUUUCAGUUUGGUGAAAAAUAUUGACUUUGCUGAAUUAAAAGUUUUAAAAAUACUUUUAGCAUUCCAAAACACAGUUGUUUAUAAUUCGUUUUUAGGAAUGUUUAUUUCCCUACUUAAAAAAAUUUGUAUCUGAUUGAAGAAGCACAGAAAAUAUAAAUAAUAAGAAACAGUUAUUAAACAUUUGAACUGUUUGGGAAAAGAAUACACGUUGUAUUUGCUUUUAAAAUAGCUGCAUUAGCCUCUUGUCACACGGUUACUUGAGGUUGCAUUCUUUUGUGAUGUAAUAUGAUAAAAAGACAGGUCAUACAAUGCCUUAUACAAAAUCUCAAUUAUAAAAUAUUAUCACUUUAUAAAACACUCUUUUUACAAAAGCUUCGUGGGACCCUGGUGGAAUGUCUAUGCCAGUAGUUAAAACACAUAUGAAAUCAUUAAUGGGCAUUGCAUUUAUCAAACAAAAUAUAUGGUGCCAGGAAAAAAAACAUUAGGCUAGUUUUUUGAAUUGUAAAAUAAAAAAUAAAUCAUCAUUCAAAAUUAAGAGAAGAAACUAAGUUCAAUUUAAAUAAUGAAUUUAAGUCACAAAUUGUAAGGAGUGAGUC